CCCCCCCCGACGUGCGCUCACAUCAAAGCGUCACCAUCGUCGGAGUGGGAUCCUACAAGAAGAGCGUUUGAAUUCACUUUUGAAUCUCAGCCUUGGUCGUUAUAAAUUAUUUUGAAGUCAACGGAUAAAUUAAAUAGGAUUUUAAAAUGGCUUUGAGAGGCCCACUGCGUCGUCUUCUACGGACUCAACUCAACAAUACCUGUCAGAGCAGAGCUCAUUCUGUGGCUGUUUUAGGAGCCCCAUUUUCAAAAGGACAGAAAAGGAGAGGGGUGGAGCAUGGACCCAAAGCCAUCAGGGAUGCCGGUCUGAUCGAGAGGCUUUCAAAUCUAGAUUACCCAGUACAUGACUUUGGAGACCUGAGCUUCCAGCAUCUGGAGAAGGACGAGCCCUACAUGAAUGUCCCCUUCCCUCGCACUGUGGGCAGAGCUAACAAACUGCUGUCAGGGGCCGUCAGCAACGCUGUGGGAGCCGGACACACUACCAUCAUGCUGGGAGGAGACCACAGCUUGGCCAUUGGUUCAGUGGAAGGCCACGCCCGGCAGUGUCCUGACCUGUGUCUGAUCUGGGUCGACGCCCACGCUGACAUAAACACGCCCCUCACCUCGCCCUCAGGGAACCUUCACGGACAGUCGGUUGCCUUCAUGCUCAAAGAGCUGCAGAACAAGAUGCCAGAGCUGCCAGGGUUCAGCUGGAUGAAGCCCUUCCUGUCAGCCAAGGACCUGGUCUACAUUGGCCUGAGAGACGUCGACCCUGGAGAGUACGACAUCCUAAAGGACUUGGGUAUCCAGUACUUCACAAUGAGAGACAUCGACAGGCUCGGCAUUCAGAGAGUCAUGGAAGUCACUUUUGACCACCUCUUGUCAAGGAAGCAGCGGCCGAUCCAUCUGAGUUUUGACAUUGAUGCGAUGGACCCGUCUUUGGCCCCGGCCACAGGAACACCAGUAAACGGAGGUCUGACCUACAGAGAAGGAAUCUGGAUCACAGAGGAGAUCCACAACACAGGGUUGUUGUCGGUGAUGGACCUUGUGGAGGUCAACCCAGCCCUGGGGGCGAGUCGUGAGGCGGUGGCGAGCACCGCUUCCAUGGCGGUGGAUGUCAUCGCAUCAUCCCUGGGCCAGACCCGCGAGGGAGGUCCCAUCACCCAGGAGUCGCAAACGCUCAAAGACGACACGGAACAGCUUCGACUCUAGAACCACAUUCUAGAACCACAUUCUAGAACUCAAAGGACGUUCAACAUAUAACCACUUGCAUUCCUGAAUAUAAAAAAAAAAAGACUUUACAUACAGAGUAGUUGAAUUGUUUCAAAGCAUUUUGUUGCAUCUUCUGUGUGUAUGUGUGUGUGUAUAUAUAUAUAUUAGUACUGUAUGGCAACCUGUUCAACAAUCAGUCAAACAAUCAUGACUGAACUUAGAAAGCCCUGUUGAAGGAUUAUAUAGCUAAUUUACUAUGGAUGGUGUGAAAAGCUUUAGCCUGGUACCAGAUCUGUGCUUUCAUGUCAACUGUUUGGCAUGACAAGACUGGCAAAAUAGUAGUACAAACAGACUGAUACCCAGGCUAUUAAAAGCCCUCAUCUCAAAUUUAAACUGUAAUUGAUGUGAUCAACAGCUGGUCGCCCUGGCCUUGACAGGACAGUCUCCCUAGCUCCACUAUUUAAAUGGUGACUGUAUUUGAUGUGAUCGGUGGUAUGCGCCACAGACACGGCGAUCGGUGGGGUGCGCCACAGACACGGCGAUCGGUGGGGUGCGCCACAGACACGGCGAUCGGUGGGGUGCGCCACAGACACGGCGAUCGGUGGGGUGCGCCACAGACAAUCACUAAAACUCAGUAUUACUCAUGACUGGAUACUGCAGCUCUGCAAUAUAACAGGGUUGUAUGAAGCCGAGUUUACACGACAAGCAUGAAACCAUCUCAAACGGAGAUGCAGACUGUGCUUUUUAAAAAAUAAUUAUAAUGUGGCCAUAGUGUGGUUUGGACAUAAAUACCUCAGCUCGAGCUAGUGGCUGUGCCAGUUGAGUUGUCGUAGUGAUGCGUUUGCACUUUUGGACCAGAUGUGGGGUUUGAUGUAUUUUUCUUCUCUAGAAUGAUUCUGUUUUGUAGUUAAUAAUGACUAUUAUGAAUCCAUGUUGGUGUAUUUACUGUCUGGUGUUAUAUUAGUCAGUAUUAAAUGACCAGUUCAUUUUUAAUAAGUUAAAAUUAGUGUAUGUAAUGGCUGUAUGUUAAAUGCUGAGUGAAAUAACUAUUUUAUUUACUAAAUAUAACAAAUGCCUUUUUUGACAUGACCACUGAAUGACUGUCUUUUUAAAAAAUAAAUAUAAUUAGUCUUCCACAAUGAAA